AGAAAUAGCAACCAAGGGCUAAUAUGCAAAAAGGCAAGUCACCUUCCUAGCGUCUCUCCAAAUCCCCCAAAUCAGAUCGACAUCCCUGGCGGCGGCCGACGCGUUCCUUGGUGGCUGACUCGUCCCUGCCGGCGGAGGGGGCGGCGGAAGGCGGAGGGCGCGCUCCCCGCGGCGGCUGGCGUUUUCCUCGCGGCAGAAGAGAGGGGGCUCUUCCUUGCGGCAGCGGCGGGCGUGUUCCUCGCGACGGCGGCGGCGACGGGCGUGUUCCUCGCGACGGCAGCGGCGGGCUUGUCCCUUGCGGCGGUGGUGGCAGCUCGGCUGCGUGGGGGAGGUGAAGCAGCGGCGGCAACGGCCGCGUGGUCGAAGGGAAGGGGCGCCUAGGGUUCCUCCUUCCCCAACCCCAACCAGCUCUGCAGGAACCGACGCCCCAAGCUCGCCAACGAGAUCUCGCUCUCACCGUCAACACCAGAAAAAGCUUCAACCCGAAAAGAUAUAGUAUGGAUAAGAGUUGGAUGAGGUUGCCUGAUAGGUUUUCAAGUGAUUACAUUUCAGGGGUGAAUGCAUUCAUUGAUUUUGCUUGUCAACAUAACAGCGGCAAUGAUAAGAUGCGUUGCCCUUGUGAAACUUGUAUGAAUAUAAGUCAGCAGAGUGUUAGUCAAGUUCGAACCCAUUUGUUAUUGUAUGGCAUACAAACUUCGUACACAAAAUGGAUAUUCCAUGGAGAACAAGUUAGCAAUGAUGAAGACCAAGUUGAUGAGUCACUUGAAGAUGAGGAAGAUCUUGAUGAUUUUGAUGGAUUUGAUAUGGUCCAAGAUCUGCUAGGAGAUACCCAUAGAGCCACGGUUGGGGUUGACGAGCAAGAGAACCAUAAUCCUGCUGGAGGUAGCAUUCCGGAGCCCAAUGAGUCAUCGACCAGAUUUGACGGCUUGCUGAGAAGUUCACAACGUGAGCUAUACCCGGGCUGCAAAGGCCACUCGGUGCUAUCCUUUGUUUUAAAGCUGGUACACCUCAAAGAUCUUAACCAUUGGAGCAACAAAUCUUUUGACAUGUUACUCAAGCUUCAGAAGGAGGCUUUGCCAGCCGGUAACUCGCUUCCAGCCACGUACUAUGAAGCAAAGAAUAUGUUGAGAGAUCUAGGGCUAGGUUAUGAAAGUAUUGAUGCUUGCAUAAAUGAUUGUGUUCUAUUCUGGAAGGAGCAUGAGGACAAGGAUGAGUGCCCAGUUUGUAAGGAAUCGAGGUGGAAGACACAGAAGGGCAAGGGGAAGCAAGUACCUCAGAAAGUGUUGCGCUACUUUCCCUUAAUCCCUAGAUUACAACGGCUGUUCAUGAACAAGGAAAUAGCUUCAGAUUUGCGUUAUCAUAGGGAUAAGAGAGUUGUCGAACCAAAUGUGUUGAGGGGUCCUCCGGAUGGCGAUGCUUGGAAACAUAUGGAUAAGAAAUAUCCCUGGCUGGAAGAAGACCCUCGCCAUUUGCGGCUCGGGGUUGGCACCGAUGGUUUCAACCCAUUUGGAAUUAUGAGUAGCUCAUAUAGUGUGUGGCCUGUCAUUGUAGUUGUGUAUAACUUGCCUCCAUGGAGAAGCAUGAAAGAGCCCUUCCUGCUCAUGACAUUAUUGAUCCCUGGGAAGAAGUCACCGGGAAGGGACAUUGAUGUGUAUUUGAGGCCAUUGGUUGAAGAACUAAAGCAAUUAUUUAAUCUAGGAGUUGUUACUUUUGACGCUGUUGAAGGAGGUAGUUUCAAUAUGCGUGCAAUAUUGCUAUGGACUAUCCACGACCUUCCAGCACUAGGUUCAGUAUUUGGGUAUUCUACAAUGGGCUACAAGGCAUGCCCUGUUUGCCUAGAUGGAACCUAUUCGCAACCACUUCGAAGCAAAAUUGGUUUCUUAGGCCAUAGGAGGUACUUGCCUAUUCGCCAUAGGUGGCGCAAAAGUAAGGCCUUCAAUGGUAAGAAAGAGAAAGCGUUGCCACCAAAACAACUAUCUGGGAAAGACAUUUUUGAAUUGCUGCAGAAGUUAGAUCAUCUCCAGGGCUUCAAAUAAGGAAAACACCCUGGAAAUAAGAAAAGAAAGGCAUCUUCAAAGGACAUGCCAGGGAAAAAUUUCACAAAGAUGAGCAUCUUGUUUGAGCUACCAUAUUGGAAGGAUCUGAAAUUGCCACACAAUCUUGAUGUCAUGCACAUUGAAAAGAACAUUUGUGAGAGCUUAUUCGGGACUUUAUUAAACAUAGAUGGCAAGUCCAAGGACACACUUAAGGCCCGCAAGGACUUAGAAGACAUGAAUAUCAGAGCAGAUCUACACUUGAAUGAUACGGGAAGUAGCGUAGAAAAGCAUCAUGCAUGGUACACAUUAACCAGAGAUGAGAAACUUGAGUUUCUGCAAUCCCUAGAAUUUAUUUGCUUCCCAGAUGGAUUUGCUGCAAAUAUAUCAAAAGGUAUAAGUAAAGAUGGGAAAUUAACUGGGUUGAAGACACACGACUACCAUAUUCUUCUUAAAAAUAUCACAUAUUAUGCUAUUCUUAAAAAUAUAUAUGUCCUGGAUUACCCCAAUGAUCGACAUGUUGCUUUAUUUGAGUGUGAACGGUAUGAUUUAGAGAGUAACAAGCCUGUGAGUAUAGCUAGUAAUACAUGUAUACAUUUUCAACAAUCUUUUGAGGCCAGGAUAUAGACCUGCUCCAACUUCUUCUUCUGAUGGAAAUGGCUCUCUGGUGUCGGAUGGAGGGUCCAGGUAUUCUUGAUCAGGAGAUGACCUUGGAGGAGCAGCGGAAAGCAAUACUCGCGCUAAAGACUGAGAAGAGAAAACUAGUUGGAUCUAAAGAAAAUUUAGUGUACAAAUGCUAAAUGUAAUGUUUGGAUCAUAUUGGGGUCUACUGAUUGGAUCAUAUGUUCAGAUCAGUACUAAACGUGGUACUGUACUUUGCAAAUGCUAGAGUGGUAUUUCCUACUUGCAAAACAAAAUUCAGUUUAGCAUGUAAUGUUUGGAUCAUAAGUUUACAAAUGUUGAUUCUGAACUUCUGAAUGUUGAUUCUGAACUGCCAAAUGUCUAAAAUUCUGAGAUUUCUUGCA